UUGCUUAUCUUUCCCUCGUCUCCCCUCCACUGCCUCGACGGAGGAAGGACAGUCACACAAGACGAAACAGAGGCAUCCAUGGAGGUCGUGGGCGGCGUAUCGCUGCGGCCGGCGCAGCUCCGGCACCUAACGCGCGGGGAUGCCGGCGCGGGCUGUUUCUUGCCGUGUAGGCUGCAGCUGGCACGCACUGCCGUGAGGCCGGCGAGGCGCGCGCUGGUGGUGGAGGCUCGCGGGGGCAGGGGCUGGUCGGACCGGCAGUCCCAGCAGCAGAAGCGUAUGCCGCAGCUCCCCAAGAUCGAGGACGACGGCAACCCACGCUUCGUCAUCUUCAUCCGCACCGCCAAUGUGUACUUCUGGUACCCGCUCAACAUCGUCACCGGCGGCACCACCGCUAAGAUCAUGCUCGCGGCCAAGGACAACUUCCUCGGCAAGUACAUCUACAAAGACACGCUCGCAAGGAACCUCGCCACCGUCAUCUACAAAGAUGAGGAUGACAUAAUUGACACCGCUAGAGAGCAGUUCCGCGUGCUCAAGGGCGAAACCGAGUUUAGAUACGGCUACAAAGUCGUGGAGAAAGGGAACCUUAGGUCUGCACUGGCGACAAGUGGCGUGAUGGAGCUCCCCAAAAAGGAAGAGCUGAAAAGUGUAGUUGACAAGGUGAAGGACUUCUUCGGUGAGGUGACCUCCGGCGCCAAAGAAUCCUUUGCACAGAUAACAGGAACUGCCAGCACGGCAGAAGCAGAAGCACAGGCAGAAGAUGAGAAGCCCCGUUUCAAGAGACGAAGCAAGAAGAAGGGGAAGCAGCAGAAGCCGAAGCAAGGGUUCAAGCCGGAGAGCUGAGUGUGUCACCCAGCACAACAGGGGUCGUGGAAGCGAGGAUCCAGUGAACCGCCGGCUGUAAUUUUCCAAGAGCUGCUAUGCAGUUUCUCUGAAGCUUUCGAGUUUUGCAACAGACAUCGUGUAACCUCCCUGUGGAUAACUCGCUUUGUUCAUUCUCAGAGUACGAUGUUAGGCAGUCUCGCGAAAUCUUAGGAACGAGUCAUUUGAUGUACUUACAGAACGGCAAAUAUCAGAGCUGUAUAUUGACUUUAAUCAUUUGCAAGAGUUAACAGUGGUUGUAAAAAAAACGUGUGCUCAUGUGUAUCACCCUAUGAGUCAAGACUAUCUGGAUCCAGUUGGAAA